GUGAAGCUCGCUUGCUUGCUGGCUGGCUGGCUGGCUGCGUGAAUGCGACGAUGAUCGCUGGUCGAGAGGCUCUAAUGGAGCCAUCUGGUGUUGCGUCGCCGAAGCAAGAGCGCUGCACUAGUGAAAGGGCCGAUUCCAGCCAAUACCCGUCUCUUGAUUUCCCCUCAAAUCCCCUUUUACAGUGGACAAUGCCCCACUGUGUGGCAAUAAUUGGAGUUCAUGUGUAGUUUGCGGGAAGCGUGAGGUUGUAGCUGGAUUGAUUUGAUCCCUGCAACCGAGUUGGUCCCCGGGCCCUUGCGUAGUUUAGCUGCGAGAGCCCUGAGUAUUUGUGUGGUCUUUUGUGUUUUUAUUUUGGGUGUUAGAGAAGUGUGGUGACUAUGGCAUCCAUGUCCCUCUGCCUGCCUCCUCGUUUGUGUCUUCACCGCUUGCAUUGGCGGCCUCAUGGGGUUGUGUAUCAACCGACGUCGAUGUUGAAUGGGUCUGCACUUGUUUCCAAGAGUGGUAGCACUUCAUCACGUUUCCUGGAUUUGAGGUUACGAGAAGGAUAUAGGAUUCUAAGGUGUUCUGCUUCUACGAAUGGCGACACUGCAACACCUGAGUCACCUGUUUCCCCCGAGACCACAAAUGGUUCAGUUAGGAGCUCAAGUAGGAAACCUCAAGUGUGGGUGGCAAUUGGAAUCGCUAUUGUUGCAGUUGGUUUGGUCGUCUCAGGCAUUGUGCGAACCAAUAACUUGUUCGGGAGCAAUCAAAGGGAGGCAUCGCAGCUAUUAACAGACAUGUCAAUAUCUGCAUCCUCCUCCCAAAGCGUAGAGCAAUUUACUGUGAACUGGUUUGGGCGCAAGUUUUUUCUUAGUGAAAGAUCUCCCGGGUAUAUGUACUUUCUAUUGCUGAUGGCGGCGGGUUUUGGUCUAUUUGUGAGCGAGGAGGCAUUGAAUGUUUGGGUUGGUGGCACGUUGGGACGUAUGCUAAUAUGGAAUCAGUCACGAGAUGCCUUUUUAUCAUCAUUAUCAGCAAAUCUGCCAUACAUUCUUUCGACUGUAAUAUGGGUCUACUGGGGCGUUUGCAUCAGUGAUAUGGUACCUUUCUUUGCAGGCAGACAGGCUGCCAAAUCUGGAACUGGCAACCGGAUAUGCGAGAAGCAUUCUGAGUGUGUUACGUAUCCUCUGUGGGAUGCACAGCUGGGAGUGAGUCAGGAGAAAUUCGACAAAAUAAAAGCCAACGUGCAACGACAUGGGAAUCUGAUUGGAAUUGUUGAGCGGUUUUCGUUGGGCAUACGCAACCCCACCUCAUUUCUUGCGGGAUUUGUGGGUAUUAAUCCAACGAACUAUUUCGCUGGAGUUUGUGCUGGUGGUUUGAUUACGCUUCCUUUACAGUUGAGCGUUGGGGUAGUUCUCCGAGACCGUCCUGUUGCUGCACUAGCCGGAGUUGCUGCUGUCGUGGGCAUCUGGACACUGCUUCCGUAUGUGGCAGCAGGGAUUGGCUCAGUCGUAUACUUUACACGCCAGCGCGGCAGUAAAUAAUCAACAUUCAUUUUUUAGGAAUAGUAUUCAUGAUACUUUAUCUCGAGUGUUCUCUAUUCAAUUUCAUGACAUUAUAAACGUGUUGAUGGAAAUUUUGCGAAGUUUAACAGUCCAUUGUAGGUUUUGCACAAAUUUAUUCCGUAAAUCUCUUCGUAGUCUACAAGGAGUAUAAGGAGCUUAAUAUGGUGGUCAUCCGCAACGGUUUGGAUUUGUUGCCGGCUCUCAAAUGUCUCAAAUUUGGUUGUGGUAGCCAAUGCUUAGACGUACAUUCACAUUUUUUCGCUGUUCAGCUGACAAGUAUUUUUAUGAACCAUAUGUUAGGCACUUGUAGUCCUUGUCUUUCUAAAAUUGAUGUUAGCAUUAGAUUUCCUGAGUGAAAAGUCUCGUUUGCCUUAUAUGCAUUGGAAGAGAUUUUCAAAGCGUACACUAUUAUGAGUGAAGGAAGUGCACCCCAAUUGUCCGGAAACUUCAUUUGAUUUGUCUAUGGGACCUCAUCUCUAAUUA